CUGCAUAUUAUCUACAACCCGUUCAGCCAGUUACUUCCUUACCGGUGACCUCAAUGUCUUGUGACCUGAAUGAUGUCACUGCCCCGCCUAGUGUCGAGUCCAUAAAAGGAGGAUGCCAGAGAUCAGGUGUGUGACAGUCUCCAGAACACUGCAGGGAAUAAGACUCUGAACUUCCGUAACAAUGUCUCUGUACCCAUCACUAGAGGACCUGAAAGUGGACAGGGCCAUGCAGGCCCAGGCUCAGUCCACUCAAGUGAUUUCCAGACCACCGCCUGCUAUCAUGCAAGCGCCCGCUCCAUCGUCCGCUCCACAAUCCGCCCCAGUUUUAUACCCAAGUCUGAUGGAACUGAACAAUUACAUGGGGCUGUCACUGACUGAUGAGGAGCUGCAGCUUAAUCUCUCACUGGUGCCAUCCGGGGGAAAUGAAGUGGCGGUCCCCCACACCAUCUCAGGCGGGUUGAUUGCCCCCGUCACCGGUAAUGACGUUGGUCUGAGACGCGCUGAAAUCAAACAUGGAAUGCGGGAGCUGAUCUUGUGCAAAGACGAGAAAGGGAAGGUGGGCCUGAGAUUACGAGAUGUGGACAAGGGAAUAUUUGUCCAGCUGGUUCAGGCCAACUCUCCGGCCUCUCUGGUCGGCUUACGGUUUGGGGAUCAGAUUCUGCAAAUCAAUGAACAAGACUGCGCAGGAUGGAGCACCGACAAGGCACACAAAGCGCUGAAAAAGGCCGGACAGGACCGAAUCAGCAUGAUUGUACGAGACCGUCCAUUCCAGCGCACAAUAACGCUGCAGAAAGACAGCGCAGGACAAGUCGGGUUCAUUGUCAAGAAAGGACAGAUCUCAUCCCUGGUGAAGGACAGCUCUGCCGCCAGAAAUGGGCUGCUAACCAACCACUAUCUGUGUGAGGUCAAUGGGCAGAACGUCAUAGGACUCAAGGAUCGUCAGAUUGUGGACAUUUUAGCAUCAAGCAGCCGCACUGUAACCGUGACAGUGAUCCCCGCUGUUAUAUUUGAACACAUUAUAAAAAGAAUGUCAUCUGGUAUCAUGAAGAACUCUAUGGAUCACUCUAUCCCAGAGGUGUAACAGGGACAUGUACACGGAUGGCACAGCAAUGUGCACCUUUCAGAGACUGUUUUUAUGGUGUGGGGUUGAAAUACAAUUCUACAAUGCACUUUUGUCGUUCUCCUGGUGGGGGCGAUCUGAUGGCGUACAUCUUCCUGAAUAACAGAAGCUGUGAUUUCUCCUUGUUUGACUCUGCAUAUAUGUAUUGCUGCCCAAAUGUCCACCCUAGUGGAUCCAUCUGUAUGGAAAGCCUAGUAUACGAGUUAGUAGUGUAGUGUGCAAGGUCAGAAUGGGACGGACAGAUCCGAAUCUACUUUUACCACCUUGCAUGCUACAUGGACCAAAAAAAAUAAAAAUACCCGCAACUGCCACUGGUGAUCACUUUCCAUACAUACAGGCAGAUCAGGACAAUCCGAAACAGACACGCCGUGACACACUCACCUCCAUAGUCAUCGCUUCUCUAUCCAGUUUUCAUUGGUUGCAGACGACCCAUGUAGUAGUUACGCCCUUUUAUAUUUAUGUCCAUUUUCCUUUUCUGAAUCGCAUCCAAACUUAAACAGUUAGAGGAAGUGACACUUGUAGUGAUGUUUUAAAAGAGAACCUGUCAUUCAUGAACAGUGAAAGUACUUUGAAGGCUGGAUCAACAAGAAAAUUCUACUGCAGUAAGUUUACCAGUUUCAGGUUAUACAACAAGUUGUAUUGCUGCUCAGCACUCAGGGUGCGGCCUAUUUAUUAAUGACAGGUACUCUUAUCUAUAAAUCAUGUUGUGUUCUGUAAACCUUACUGUACUCUUAUUAUACCGCUGUGCUGGUACAGUUUUCUUAUGUUACACUCCAAUACUUUAAUAAAGAAAAAAGUAAAAUAAAGAAUUUA